AUGGCAGACUUCUCUUCGCCCGAUGUGCUGGCCAAGUCCAAACAGAAGAACUGCAAUGGCUGUGUCCAGGCUAAGCGACGCUGUGACAGGCGCACGCCAACAUGCUCCCGGUGCAUAGAGAAGAGAAUACCUUGUACUUGGGGGAAGAGGAAAUUGAUAACGGGCCAUCCGUCAACCAGGCGACGGCUCGAAUGCGCCCCCGCUGAGGAGGCGCUUUCAUUCGGAGGAGACUUUACGCCUUCGUCCUUUGUGUCAAACCUCGACUACCUUGGUAGUUUACACACACCCUCACAUAUCAACGCCGGGGCCGAGAUUUCUGCUACUCCAGAAGAUCAUAUGGCUAGCUACGUACUGGAUGCCGAGCUUGACCCUGAUCUUCCCAUGGACUCCUUUCUGGACUUGAUGAACGAUACUACGCCAGCUCGUGGCCACUCACUCGUACAAUCCGAGAAACGGCAUUUGGCUAACAGACCUGGCACGCCGGCGGGAGAAGAAGUUGUCCAAUCUUAUAUGAAAAUGAAUGGCCUUUGCACUCAAAUAGAGCCCUGGUCAUUAUAUGAUCCGAAGUCUCUACUCAGUUGUGUUGUCAGAGCUGUCAAAAGUUUUGUCACCGACGCAGGAUCCCGGAAUGUCACCCCGUUCCUGCACCGUUACCUUUAUAAAACACAUGCACCAAAGUCGAUCCUUGAUUGCCUCGCAACGAGCCUUCUCUACUCUAAUAGAACAGAAGAAAACUCAGUCAUGGUGAUGCGGUCCCUGCAUAAGAACAUCAAAGAACUGAUAGAAGGCGAGGGCUUUCAAGGUGCUGGUACGCCGUCAGAACGGCUAGCACGUACACAGGCUCUGUUUCUAUACCAGGUCAUUCGGCUGAUGGAUGGCGAUAUCAUACUCCGCUCAAUGGGCGAAAAUGAUAUUCCUCUUCUGCAUGACUGGAUAGAAGAUCUUUGCGGCUUGCGUGAGAAUCUUGGUGAACAAGCCCAUCUUGCCAUUACCGGGAUGCGCAGUCAACCCCCCAAAGAAUGGGAGAGAUGGAUAUUUGCAGAAUCCGUGCGAAGAACCAUCAUAAUGGCGCACUCAUUCCUGGUGAUGUAUUCCCUGAUCAAUAACUCCAAAGAUACCCGUGGCCGAGACUUUUGGAUCUAUUGCCAUCGCUGGACUAUAUCACGCCAUCUCUGGGAGGCAGAUUCUUCGGCUGAAUUUGUGCGAGCGUGGAGAGAAAAGCCUCAAUUCAUUAUAACAAACUAUUCCUUCGAGGGCUUCCUUGAAUAUGGUAGAGGCGACGAUGUCGAUGAUUUCAGCAGGAUUCUCCUCAGCCUAUUUUUAGGGGAAGACGAGACGAAAGAGUUUAUGAACGGUUCGAAACCACCAGCUGCUUCGGCGUAG